GGAGGAAUGGGUGGGAGGGAACAGUAACAUAAAAAUAAUAAAACAACAACAAUAUUAAGAGGCAUUAAUGACAAUUGAAUAAUUAUCAUUUGUCAGAACCGCUUCUCCCAGGAUUUGUCUGUGUGCCAUAUAUAUAUAAUGACUAUGAGCACCUCAUCUACCCCAGAGGAGGGUAAUGUAUCUGUGGUAGUCCGAGUGCGCCCACCAAAUCAGCGAGAGCAGGAAGGCAAUCAGCAUUGUGUGGUACAGGUUGUUGAUCACAACAUUUUGAUAUUUGACCCUGAAGAGUCUGAAACAUCUGGUGUCUUUUCUAACUUAAAAGCUUAUGAUGGAACAAAGCGCAAGGGAAAAGAUCUGAAAUUUAUUUUUGACAAUGUUUUUGGAGAGAAUUCCAAACAGCAGGAUGUAUUUGAGCAUACGACUAAGGAGAUCUUGGACGGAGUCUUAAACGGCUAUAACUGCUCUGUGUUUGCUUAUGGAGCCACCGGUGCUGGAAAAACGCACACAAUGCUGGGGACAGAAGCUGAUCCUGGAGUUAUGUAUCUUACUAUGGUUGAACUUUACCAUAGAAUCGAGGCCAUUAAAGAGGAAAAGCAAUGUGAUGUUCUAAUAUCUUACCUUGAGGUGUACAAUGAGCAGAUCCAAGACUUGCUGGAGCCCAAAGGUUUUCUUGCAAUUCGUGAAGAUCCACAAAAAGGAGUUGUUGUUCAGGGACUCUCUUUCCAUCAGCCAAAAUCUGCAGAGCAGUUGCUGCAGAUGUUGGCUGAUGGUAAUCGUAAUCGCACCCAACAUCCAACAGAUGCCAAUGCAUCUUCUUCGCGAUCACAUGCUGUGUUCCAGAUUUAUGUGAAGCAGCAAGACCGAGUUGCCAGUAUCAAUCAAGAUGUCAGGGUAGCAAAGAUGAGCCUAAUCGACCUAGCUGGGUCUGAACGGGCUUCAGCUACCAAUGCCAAAGGUGAACGUCAAAGAGAGGGCGCCAACAUCAACCGUUCUCUUCUAGCUCUUAUCAAUGUUAUUAAUGCACUAGCUGAUGCAAAGAACAAAAAGACUCAUAUACCAUAUCGGGACAGCAAGCUGACUCGUCUUUUGAAGGACUCAAUUGGUGGCAACUGUCGUACAGUCAUGAUUGCAGCUGUUAGUCCUUCAUUUCUGAGCUAUGAUGACACUUACAAUACACUCAAGUAUGCCAAUCGGGCCAAAGAGAUAAAGCUUUCGCUGAAGAGUAACGUUAUCAACCUUGAUUGCCACAUCAGCAAAUAUGCCGCAAUAUGUGAGGAGUUGAAAGCAGAGGUUGCUGAACUAAAAGAAAAACUCAGAUGUUAUGAGAUGAAAGAGAUUCUUCGGGAACAAUCUUUCAUUCAGGGUCAUAAUCUUGAGAAUAAAAAGUCUCUAAGACUGGAGGAACCCUUAGUCACAGAAUGUCCAGGGCAAGAGUACAAUACCAGGCAGCAACAUCUGGGCCUCAAGCAUAUGAAGAGAGACAGAAAGGACCAGGGCUAUUGUUCACAGAACAGCAGCUUUGGUGGAACAGAACCGGAGAAGAGUCUUUACACUCUAAAUGAGCCAGCUAACAAUACUACAGACAGCCUAGUCAGGACUCUACUGAAAUUUGUUCGGAAGCAGUAUGAGAUUCUAAAGAGUUCAAAUCUGCAGACACCGGAGAUAGAUUCUGAACUACAGGAGCUAGAGCACUUAGUACAGGAAACUCGGUGCAUUGGGGACUUCAUACCCAGUGAGAACAAGCAGAUGACAACUGUUUGCCUGACAGAAACCAAUAAGGCAGACAAAGAUGACCACUCACAAAUACCAUUUGCACAAGAAGUUGUCCCAGACAUUAAAGAGGAAGUCACUGUUGCUCCAGCACCUAUAACACGAAAAAGACAGACAGUGAAACGAUGCAGAAGACAGCUACUCCCAGAUGCUAGUCCAACGUUUCAGAGUCCAGUUGUACCAGUUAAGAGGAGGCGGCAAGACGAAACAAGCAGUCCUUUAAAAGCCACUACCCCAUCCCAUGUUCCUGCUCCAGCUGUUCCUAGCACUCCUGAGGCACAAGUCAAGAGGCCACGUAAAUCCUCAAUCCCAAGCAGAAAUCGACCAACUCUUAGAUCCAGUGCAAAUCUGCUGAACAACAAAAUUAAUAUUCUACCUCCAAUUGAGUCCUCUAAAAAACAUUCAGUCUGCACACCAAAACAUAUGACACAAGCAUCACCAAUCGUUCUCCAACACACAGUUGUAAAAAGCCGCAUACCCCUGGGAACAUCUGCUGUUCAGAACUGUGCCUCCAACACUUUAGCAGCAAUGACAACAACUGACAUGAAUACCACAUUUGAUCUGACUGAGGAUAGUUGUUUUAUCCAAGAGUUGGACAAGACUGUAACAUUUGGAACAUCAGAGUUUCCUAAUUGGGAUAAUAUUAACAUUCAAAAUACUGAUAAAACCUUUGGGAAAAGUUCUGAUGUUGCUGUGUUCACUAUGAAGGGUCUUUCUGUAAAGAGUACUGGUCCUUUAGCAUCUACUACCAAGUCCUACUCCCAAAGACGACGACGCUCCAUUAGUACAUCCACAUCGCGCGCUGGGAGCAGAUCCCUUGGUAAUAGCCGAAUUGCCAGACUUAAUCUGAAUAAUGCGAAGUCGCAGCAUCGUCCUUCAUCUAUAAAAGAAAACAUUCAAGGACACAGUGAUGGUAAGAAGACAGGAAGGGGGAAUGUGGCUUUCGGCAGGUCCCAAUCUAUGGCUUCAACGGCCCGGUUCAUGCAGUUUGCAUCAGCCAAGUACUAAAUGCAAUGCAGAUCCAUGUUUGUUUGGACUUUAGGUCUCAGAGGCAAAGAACUAAAAUGACUUCCUCUUUCUUUCUUCACCUGAUGCAAGAAGUUAAGCUCAUGGACAUCUGCCCAACAAAUAUACCAGUUCCUUGGGACUUUAUAUCUGAACAUUUCUGAAAUUGUGUGUGUUUUAUUCAAUGUUGCACUUUUGUUAAUUUUAUCAUUGUAAUCAUUUGAGACCAUUAGUGCAUCUAAUUGUAAAUAGCAAAAUUGUUAUGAACUAGGUAGCUUUGUGUUGUUACUACCAGUUGUAAAUUGUACAGCUAUUAUAGAAUCUUCUUUUUAAUGGGGCAAUCAUUAUUAAGAUUGUCAUAUUUAUAUAAAGCUUCUAGUGUUGAGUGCUAUGUGGCUGCCAACCAGUUUGUGAUAACAGAGACUAAUUUUUGAUCAUCCAAGAAAGAGCAGGCAGUCCUACAAUUAAAGUGAAGGUCAAUUUUGAUGAAUUAAAGUGCCCUUGUUUUUAAUAGGAUUAUUAAAAACCGGGCACUUAUUCAUCAAAAUUGACCUCCACUUUAAGGACUUUUAAUAGAGCAACCUUAAAGAAAAGUAAGUUUGUCUUUCUGCAGCUGAAUCUGUAAUAUUUUAAUAGUAACAUUUAUGUAUAAUGGAAUAUUCCUUUAUUUUUUAAUUCAUCCAUUUGUAAUUAGUAACGUGUCAUAUUUCAGAGUUACAAUUGACAAAAAUUCCCAGUAGGGUUGUUAGGAAAAGUCAGUAGGAUAUCACAUUCUGACUAAUAAAGGUAUGAACUCAACAUUGUCUUAAAAUGUAAUAGUGCAUUUUAAAUUCUAACCACAGACGUGUUUCAGUGUUGUCAUAUAAUGCUAUAUUAUUACAUUUAUAACUGUGUUUUUGUCUGUUAUUUCAUGAAGCUUUUAUUACUAAAAUAGUUAUCUUAAAACUUAGUCUACACAUAGUAAUGUAGGGCUGCAACUAACGAUUAUUUUCAUAAUCGAUUAAUCGGCCGAUUAUUUUUUCGAUUAAUCGACUAAUCGGAUAAAAAGAGAAUCAAUAAUAGUUUUCUAUGUUUUAAAUAAAAUCCACAUAAUGAGUGUUACAAAUAUAAACUUCAGACUAAAACUUUACAUUAACACAACUGUUUCUUAAUUUUUUAAGCAGGAGGGCACAGUUUUAUAAUUAAACAAAACCACAAACUGUUUGAAAAGAGGUAGAACUAGAAAGAGUUAGACUUUCACUGUUAAUAACAUUCUGUUAUUCACUCUUUCAGAAACUUUGCAUUGAAAUGCAAAAAUAUCAACAUGUCCACAUGCUUCUGGCUAAGGCUGGUUCUCUGUUUGCAGCUAUAUUUCCUGCAGCAGAGAAAAGGCUGUUGAGGUGUAUAAAUAGGGUUUUGCCAAUUUCACCAAAGUGGGAUAUUUAUCUUUGUUAGCUCUUCACCAAUGCUAAGUGUUUUCUACCUUGGCAAAGGGCCGCUCAAUAAAGUAACCCUUGACUUCAUUCUAACAUAAACAUAUCUUGAAUAUCUAUAUGCAAUGGUAAAUAACCAGCUAUAAGGUUAGGGGAAAUAUCUAGUCCGCUCUAAAAAUAAUGAAUAUAUACUUAUAAAGGUUGAAUCUGGUACAUAUUAUAACUAUUUAUUAAAAAUAUAAAAAAAACAAUAAAAAACAAAAUCAGAAGCGCUAAGGACUGUAUAUCAAUAACAGGACAAAGCCUUACACAUAUAUUUAUACAGUACAUAUAAUCAGCAAUUUCAAGCAAUACGCUAAUAAUUGUGCAAACAGAUAAUAGUGCACAUCAAUUUAAAUAACUCCCAUCAAUCUAGGGGCAAGGUGUAAACAACAAGCUUGGCACUAUAUCAUGCAAAGCAUAGUUCCAAAUCACCUGAUUUAAUAUAAACAAUCCAAAUGAUGACUCCUAUUAUAUCUGGGUUGUACAUAAGCAAGGGGGAGUUGUAAACUUAUGCUGUCCUGAAAAAGUAAAAAGUAUACGUCUGUAAACAUCCUUUAGGCUAAGGACAUAACCAUAAAACACAGUACCAUAUGCAGGAGUUCAUUGGAGUGAAGCAGCUGGUGUUGUGCACAGACCAACUAAUUGCAAACCAACUAAUCGAUUAAUCGAUUAUGAGAUUCGUUGACAACUAUUUUCAUAAUCGAUUAUUAUCGAUUAUGACGAUUAGUUGUUGCAGCUCUAUAGUAAUGUGUUACUAAUAAACCAAUGGUUACACAUAUAUGUAAUUCUAUCAUUUCUGCACUAUAAUUGGCUUUUUGUGCUUAAUGUAGCCUGAUUUUUAAUCAAUAUAAUAGACUUAAUCAGUAAUAGCCGCUGUUUGUUCCUUGCACAGCAGCAAAAUGAAAUAUUUGUGUUUUAGGUUAUUUUUACAUACAGCUGCAGCUUCAGCUGGGUAUUUAUUGUAUGACAUGUUUAUUAAUAUGAUGCAUACAUUUUCUAAUUCUAAUGCAGAUUUGCAAUUUUAAUCUUUUGCAGUUAAAGUUUUCUACAAUUUACAUUCUUUUUUUAAUUUAACUUUGAACCACUUGUAUAUUUUAUAAUAAGCAGCACAGUAGAAUUCCUUUAAAUUGCCCUGUUUUUAAAGAACAUUAUUUUGCCUUCUGUUUUCAAUUAACUUUUUACCAGUUUUAGAUAUCUGUGUAAUGGGUAAACCAAUCAGACCUGCUUCAGCUGCAUUUCUUGUCUUUUAAUAUGCUACUGGUUUGCUAAAAUGUGUGUAUCCUGUGUUUUGUUUUUGUAUUUCAAUAUACUUAAUUCAUGGUAGUUUAUCUGUUUAGGGCAUAUGGGCUUUUUUUAUUUUUUAUAAAAGACUAAAACAUCCAAAAAGGAUGCUACGUCUAAAUAUUUUUCAAACUGAAUUUUUACAAAUUCUAUACAUAUUUUUAAAAAAAACAGAUAAAUUAAGGGAAGCUCCAAAUACACUUUAUGGUAUUAAAUUAGACACUUUUUCUCUCCUUGUCAAAGACCUAAAAAUCUUCAGCAUAAUUGUGUUUUGUUUUUUAUUAUCUAGAAAUCUUUUACUGUACCAUUAAAGUCAGUUCAGGAUAACCCAAAUGUUUCACAAUUUGUAGCAAACUGUGUAUGAUGUCUACAGAAUGGAUGCGAUAAAAAAAGCUCCGAUACA